GCUGUUUCAGUAUGAAGUCAUGUGUAAAGGAGUGCUAUAAAAGUUACUGACCAAGAGUUCUUCCAACAGGACCCGGAGAUACGCGAAGAGGAUCCACCAUUCAAAUCUUAACAAUCUCAACUGCUCCUGCACUUUUACACAUCUCUUCAGGUUCAGAGCUUGGUUUCCAGCCGUCACAAUGAAGACGCCAACUCUCCUCUUGGCAGCGCUGUUGCUGCUGCUGCAGAUUUCUGGGAUUUCAGCUGCAAGCUCUGGUCAAACUCCAAUUGGAGUUCUGGUUACAAACUCUGUAACAAACGCUCCCAAUAACACCUACAGCACCUAUGUGACUUACAGAGGAAUCUUAAUUGGUGGCCUGAGGAGACUGCAGAACGCCAACACAGGCUUUAAGUUCACCUACAUAGAGGAUCCAAACUAUGGCCCGUACCUUCAGAGUGUGAAUGGUUUGGAUGGAUGUACACAAGAACGUACCUACUGGGAACUCAAGGUCAGGAAACCAAACGGCAAAGUCAUCAGACCCAAUGUUGGUAUUGGAUGUUACAUUCCAAGUGCAAAUGACCAAAUCAUCUUGAACUAUAACAAGUACUGAAGGAUCAGCAGUUCAAUCAAUGUUUGAUGAAGCCUUUGUCUGAUUCAACUGUAUGAUUAUGUAUUACAUAGAUUAACAAUCAACUUAAAUCAAUUUAUGUUUGUUGUUCAGUGAGAAAUAACAGGUUAAUAAUGAGAACAGUGUGCUAAAUACACAUACAGUCAGGAAACAGAUUGUUAAUUGAUAGUACUGAGAGGAAAGAGUUGAUAUAAAUACUUUGUCUUGAAUUUCUGAUGAUUACCUACUUGAUUACAUACUGUUACACACUU